AGUCCCGCCACAAUCGCACGUCCGUUCCCACAAUAAUUCAAAAUGUUUGGAAUAGACACCGAAGCACUCAUUCUCGCAGUGAAAAAACGUCCAUCAUUGUACAAUAAAAACGACCCUUAUUACUACAACAAUAAGAAACAUAAAUCUAGAUUGUGGUUUGAGGUGUGCAAAGAAGUGUUUUCUGCCUGGGACAACUUCAAGCCGCAAACCAAGGUUGAACAAGGUCACGAACUGCAAAAACGCUGGAAGAGUCUUCGCACAUGCUUCACUAGGGAACUCAGUCUUCAAAAGAGAGAGCAAUCCGAACCAUCGAAGAAAAGAAAAAGAAAGAGAUAUGAAUAUUUCAACACAAUGUCCUUUCUAUUAGAAACAGGAGAUGAUGAAGAGAGAACAAGCAACACAGCUAAGGACUGUGAAAGUGAUGAUUCCUCAUCAGAUCCUUUAGAAAGUAUUAAGAAUGAACCGUCAGUUUAUGAGGCAUCACUACAGACAGAUAACUCCGCCCAUUUCGAGUUAGAAACCGAAAUCCCAGCGCAGGCUGGGACAACGACCGCUUCAUACUUAAGACCUGUGUACGACAGAAGUGACAAUUUGGAAGAUAAAAUUCUAGAUAUGUUGAAGGAAAUAAAGAAGGAUGAAGAAGAUGAGGACAGGCAAUUCAUGCUUUCAUUAGUUCCAAGCUUUCGGAAGUUGAAAGCGAAACAGAAGUUUGAAGCGAGGAUUGAAAUCUUAAGAGUGUUGAAGGAUAUCACGUUUCAAGAUGAUGAUGAACAGAAAAAUUCGCAGAAUUGAGGAAGAAACGUUUAAAUUCUGACUUAAACUGCGUUUAUUAUCGAGCUAACGAGAUUUGGACAUGAUUCCUUAGAUUAAUCAUGAUGUAGGUUCUAUCUUUGAGUAGUGUUUCAACAAAUUCUGGUAGACAGCAUUCACACGUGAAUUAAAAAUGGUAGUUAACUGACAAUGAUGAGAAAUGUGUUGACUCAAUUGAUCUGAAACGAACUGUAACUUGUAGACCUAUCAUUAACUGAAGAUUUGUGAAGAUAUAGGUUAGUAGGUACCAUACCAUUUUUAAUAUAAACACUGGUUUAAGUUACAUUUGAUUGAACUAAUACAUCUUUUCAAAGUGUUUGACAUUAAAAAUAUACAUUAGGGUGAAUUUAUUUGAACAGUUUUCGAUGAUUCGGUUCAAAAUGUUUAUGGUAGUGUGAAAAACAUUUAACAUAGAGCAGAGAUUAAAUCGGAUCAUUGCUUUUUCGUUUGAAAACUAAUUUGCAAUUUGUUCAGUAAACUAGAACGUAGUUUCAUGACCCAGAUUUUAUAGGCAGAUAAGUAUCUAAUUAACGUCUUGUUUAUAUUUACGAGUACAUUUGAAUUAAAUAGUAUUUUAAAAAGAGA